AUGGGCGACCUGCAAAGAAUGCUCAGCGUGUUUUUCAAUGUUCCAAUCACUGUACGACGUGUAUAUGUCUCUCCAACGCCCAGCCCACGGCCCAUCCCGUCACCCUCGAACCCAAUCGUUCAGAACCGCCGCGUCCAUCUGUUGACGGCUCCCAAGUCUCUAGUGGGCGAAAGCGACGCGUCAGAGGGCGGCUCAUGCCUUCACCAACGUGUUGUCUGCGUCGCAACCUCUGUUGUCCGCAUCACGUCAGAGCCGGCAGCUCAACGCUUUUUGGACGAACGUUACGCAAUUGGACAAGUCUUCCGAAUUCUAGGCAGAGUGGCCGACUUUCACCUGCUCGAGGUCGAAACGGGACAGGGAAACGGGAGCAUCGGAAAGCCUGGAAAGGAGUAUCUGAAGCGCAAGUACCUGCUCAAAACAGAAGGUUUCGAAUGUGAAAUCGUCGAGGUCUUUGUCGACCGCGAAAUGUUUUCGAUGAACAACCAGGAAUGGCUGGCCACUCCGGACGACUUUAUUGACACAGAUUUGAACUAA